UUAGCCACCACUUGAGCUUCUCCGGGCGGAUCCAGUUCUUUCUCCACUGCGCUUGAAACAAUCAAUUUCCACCGAGAAUGGACGCGGGAUUCUUCCGCGGUACGAGUGCGGAGCAAGACAACCGGUUCAGCAACAAGCAGAAGAAACUCCUGAAGCAGCUGAAAUUUGCAGAAUGUCUGGACAAGAAGGUGGACAUGACCAAAGUGAACCUAGAAGUCAUCAAACCAUGGAUUACCCAACGGGUGACAGAGAUUCUGGGCUUUGAAGAUGACGUGGUCAUAGAGUUCAUAUUCAACCAACUUGAAGAAAAGCACCCUGAUAGUAAGAUGAUGCAGAUCAACCUGACAGGGUUCCUGAACGGGAAGAAUGCUCGUGAGUUCAUGAAAGACCUGUGGCCCCUGCUGUUGAGUGCCCAAGAAAAUAUAGCUGGUAUUCCCUCUGCUUUUCUGGAACAAAAGAAAGAGGAAAUCAGACAGAGACAGGCUGAGCAAGAGAAACUUGCUUCACAGAGAAAGGGGGAUGAAGAUAAGAAAGAUAAGGACUACAGGGAGAGGGCUCAGUCAAAGAGUCCAAGAAGGUGGAAGACGAGAUCACCAUCACCGCGGCGAAGAUCACCAGUAAAGCGGGAAAGGAAACGCAGCCCAUCGCGAUCUCCAAGACGCAAACCCAGUCCAGUUAUUGAGAGCUCACCUCCUCCACUUGUGGUGCAGUCUACCACAAAAGUUUCAGAUCAACUCGUGGAGCCAGAUACGUCCGAAAAAAGCCCAGCAGAGCCAGUUAUUCAAGAAGCUUCUUCUACUGGUGAUGAAGUUCCAGAGGCUGCAGUAGCAGUCUCUGUAUCUGAAGUUAAAGAAGCAUCCCCAGAAAAAUCUGUUGUUAAGAAGGAAGAAAGGCCAAAAUCUCGUGAACGUGACACGAGGAGAGAGAAACCUCAUCACCGUUCCCGCUCUCGUUCACAUUCUCGCCCCCGCAGACGACGCUCUCGGUCAAGAUCCUUCUCCCCUCGUAGAAGACAAAGUCCUAGAAGGAGAGUCUCACCACGUCGAAGGAGUCCCCCUAGGCGUGGCCCCACAGGUCCCAGAAACCGACACAGACGUUCUCCUGUCCGCAGGAGGCGUUCUCGUUCUGCUUCAUCCUCUGGCAGCAGCUCCUCUGGUUCACGCUCACCUAAGAAACCUGUGAAAAGAAUAUCUACCACACCGCCUCGAAUGCAACUCCAUCGUCUUGACACUUCCAUUAGCCCUGCAGCAAAGGACAAAAGGUCACCGUCUCCACGAGCAAGAAGAGGCCGGGGCUCUCCUUCCCCACCCAGAUCGUCAGGUUUAAAGCAAAAAGCAGGAGGAAGAGAUGAUUUUCUACCUCAUUAUGCAAAGGCCAGACAGUCUGAUGGGUCUGAGUCAGAGGAAGAACAAAAUGAAAAGGGGACAGCAGCAGAUUCAGUGCAGCAGCGACGUCAAUAUCGCAGACAGAAUCAACAGUCUUCUUCAGAUUCAGCAUCUUCCUCCUCUGAAGAUGAGGGGCCGAGGAGGCCACCGACAGGCCCGGGUGCCAGGAACGGUGAAGUCAGGAGGAAACGUAGCCGUACGCCCUCACCUCGCAGGCGACACAGGGAUGCCUCCCCAAGGAGAAGACGUUCUCCAUCUCCUGCGCGUAGACGUCGCUCCCCCUCUCCCCCACGACGUCGCAGAUCUCCCUCUCCUCCUAGGCGCAGGUCUCCUUCCCCUCCACCUCGUCGUAGAUCUUUGUCCCCCAGACGUUAUUCUCCCCCCAUCCAGCGCCGCUACAGCCCCUCACCUUUGCCUCCACAGAAAAGGAAGUUAUCAAGUUCACCCCCAAAACGCUUUUCUCCUGGUGCCAAGCGACGCUCUUCCAGGUCUCCUAAACGCAGAAACUCUCCACCACCAAGAAGACGCUCUCCUCCUCCUUCUACUUCUCCACCAAGACACAGGGGGAGCCCUAUGAUGUCCUCUGCCAGGCCGAGCAGGGAUACACGAUCCCCUGUUGCAGGUGCCAGACGCCACUCCCCAUCACCUGCAAACCGCAGCCAUGCUGUCAGGCGAUCUACUAGUCCCCAGGGACGCUUUGCUUCCUCGAGUAUGUCUCCAUCCAGCCAGAGAAGACAACAAUCCCCUUCACACAGCAGUAAGCUGAUCCGGAGGGUGUCUCGCACUCCAGAGCCACGCAUCAAAAGAGCUUCACCAAGUCCUAAGCGUAUAAGGAGAGCCUCCUCCAGAUCAGUUUCCCCCCAACCAGCUGCUCAGAAACGUCCAGCCCCUGCUUCACCGUCUCCUUCUCGUUCUGCCAGUGGGUCUCCUCCACCACCCCCAACCAAAAAGGUGGUGGUUGCCAGUGGUUCUGGCAGUCAGUCUCCAGCCAAGAUUUCAGAUGUUGAAGGUGGUGGAAAGAAAAAGAAGAAGAAGAAGGAAAAGAAACACAAGAAAGAGAAGAAACACAAAAAGCACAAGAAGCACAAAAAGGAAAAAAGUAGCGGCGUAACAGAGACUCAAGAGAACCGGGAUGCAGAGAAUGACGGCGGCUCAAGAAAGGGAUCAGGAAGUGAAGCGGACGACGGCUUGGAUGACCUGGAAAAGCACCUUCGAGAGAAGGCCCUGCGCUCCAUGAGGAAGGCCCAGCUGUCUCCAUCGCAGAUGUCAUGAAAACAAGAAGCUAAUGAAUUUUCCUAUUACGUUUGAUGUUUGUUAUCAACCCGGUUCAUCUUUAGAAUAUACAAAUUACAGUCUUGUUUCUUUUUACUGGUUUGGUACAUUCUGGAGAGUUCCAUAACUUCAUUUGUCAGAUUAUUAUCUAAACUGUAAAGAAGCUUGUGUUAAUAUUUUGAAAUUCUUACGUGGGAAAAUAUUUAAUUUCAGUGGUUUGAGUUGGGCAGGUUAAUGGUAUAUUUGUUUGUGUACAGUAGAUUCCUCAGAGGAAUGAUUGCAUGCAUAUUGUCUCUGAUAUGCAUGAACCACUGAACUUGUAAAGAGCGUAGAGAUGAGCACCAUGAAGGAACACGCCUGGUACUAAUGCCUUUACUAGUGGAAACUGUCACAGCAAUGUACACCUAAAAGCUGUAACAAAAAUGUCCUGUUUUCAUAUUCUGACUUACGGGAGCUGUUGGACAUCAUUUAACCUGCUUUUUCCCCCAACUUUGAAAUUGUCUUGUUUAAAGAAUAAAGCAGUUUAAGAGUGAAACAUGUUUUAAUUUUUUUCUAAACUGAUUGUUAUGCAAUUUGUUUAUUUCUGUACUGAGCUAUUUUUGUUGGACUGCUUUUGUGUAUGAUUUGUAUUUAGAAACCUUUGCCCUUGUCUCAUCUUUUCAGAAUUAAACCUUUUUUUUAGGA